AUGCAUCAGUUCCGCUGGCUAGUUGCACUGGCGGCUCUCACAUUGGGGGCGUCCUGUUUCGGCGUCACCAACACCCAUGACGGCGCCAAAGGCUUCAUUGGCUACGGGAUAACACUAUACGAGCCCCUAUGCGCAUGGCCCUGUUUGUCCGCCAUCACGGCCCCGAUCAACUGUACCGACGGGGACCUUGCCAACACCGCGCGGGACAAGAGGUCCGAGAGAUCUGUGCCGGACGCCGUGCCGCAGAGGAGAGAGGCAGCGGACGCGGGUGAACCCGUGUACCCUUCGGGAACAGGUUGGCAAGUAACCGCAGAGCCGACCCGGCAGUGUCAAUCACGAAACGAGUACUUCAUGAAGACGGCGGCAUACUGUCUCCAGAUCAGGUGCCGCAGCCUGCCUCUCCAGGAACUAGAAACCUUUUAUGAGAAGCAGUUCCCUGGUGUGAACAAGUCGGCGCUCGCACCGGAAUACCACAGCUACUCGGCUCUCGUCGCGGCUAUGACCAGCGUCCCUACACAGCCGCUGAAGGCCUCCGUCAUACUCAACUACACGGCGUACAUCCCUGAUGAGACAUAUAAUAUCUACUACAGCACCAUGUACACCUACGCCAAGAUGGAGAAGAGAGGCUCCUGGUACGCCAUGGUGAUCUUUGUAUCGGGAGCAAUCAUCCCCAUCGGCGUCUCGAUGCUGCGCUUCCUCCCCUGGCCGCAACGCUGGCUCACCAAGUUCCACGCCUUCAUCAUUGACCCGCCGCUGCUCGGCACAAAGCACGAAACGCCCGUAUGGGGGCUGGGCACCGUCCCAACACGCGGACAGGCCAUCUUGCUGUUGUACAUGUGGGUGAUCAACGUCGUGGCCACCGUCCAAGGCAUCGACUACGCCUUCCCUUCGUCACGAUACUCGACGCCCGCCGUGGCCUACAAGACAUACGUCGCCAACCGGUCCGGCGUGAUGAGCUGUGCGCUGUUCCCGCUGGUCAUGCUGUAUGCCGGGCGCAACAAUCUCCUCCUCUGGCUGACAAACUGGUCGCACGCCACGUUUCUCCUGAUCCAUCGAUGGACCGCGGUGCUGUGCAUGCUGCAUGCCGUGGUUCACGGCGCGCUGUACCUCAACAGCGCCCUUUUGAACUACCACGGGUGGUCGUAUGUGGAACAAAGUACCCAGAGGUACUGGCAGCUCGGCGCGGCUGCGCUGCUGGCCCUGGUUAUUCUAUGCGUGAUAUCGGUCCAGAUUGUGCGUCGCAAGGCGUACGAGUUGUUCCUGGUGCUGCAUAUCCUGCUGGCUGUGGUUGCGCUCGCGGGGGCCUUCUUCCACAUCAAUCUCAAGUACACCUCCGACUAUGGCUACGAAAACUGGCUGAUCAUGGCCCUGGCGGUGUGGGCGUUUGACAGAGCGAUGAGGCUCGCGAGGUCGCUCCGGCAUGGAGUCAAGAGGGCGUACUUGUCGCCCAUCGACGAUGAGUAUUACCGGUUGGACAUUCCGAAUCUGUCGGCGUCGGGGCACGUGUAUUUGCAUUUCCCAGCAGUGAGUAGUUGGCGAGUCUGGGAGAAUCACCCCUUCUCCGUGGCCACAGUGUCGUAUCGCAAGUCGAAACUGGAGAGUACGGUGCAGAUGGUUGAGACCAAGGAAAUGGCAAAGAACGAGUCAACCAUUCAUACAAGCCGAGGUAGCAGCUCUGCCGCGUCUAUAUCGGAGCAGACGCAGGCAGAGCAGCUCGGGAGCUCGGGUGUUGUGCUUUUUGUCCGCAAACACGCCGGCAUGACGGCUCUUCUAGCCAAGAGACGCGCGGGGGAAAAGGGCGUCCCUGUUCUGGUCGAAGGUUCGUACGAUAUUGGCUCUACGUUCCUACAGGACCAGCACCCGAAGCCUACUCACGACUAUCCGAAUCUCAUUUGCAUUGCGGGCGGUGUGGGCAUUACCGGCGUUCUCUCCGCGCUGGAUCACUUUAACAACACGGCGAAACCAUGCGGUACUCGGAAGUUGCUUUGGGGUGUGCGGACGAUGCCUCUGGUACAUGCGGUCGAGAGCAUGUUGGGCUACGACUGUGGUCGUGGUCUGCAGAGGAGGUGGGGAAAUCUAGAGGUGACUCUUUCAGUAGGGCAGCGCUUCAAUCUUCGACAUGUCUUGGAGAAAGAGCUGCGUGUUCAAAGAGGUGGUACAACGGUGGUUGUGUGUGGGCCAACGAGUAUGGCGGACGAUGUGCGGUAUAUCGUGUCGGCACUGGCGAGACAUUCCGGGGACAAUGGGCCUAUUCUGGUCAAGUUGGCUAUUGAGAGUUUUAGUUGGUGA